CUCUGGACCAGUUUCUGCUCUACAAAGAUUUGGAGAAGGCUCUGUUAUCCAGUGAUCUUGAGUCACUGGGUAUGACCACUUAAACAGAACGAGCUGCCUGCCAGAGGAAACUAAUUACUAUUGGAUUUUAUAUGGUGAGAUACAUCUUUGUGAUGGAUUAUAUGUUCAAAUAUGCUCUUUUUCUACAAACUGUAGCAACAAACAGUACCCUGUGUAUGACAGAAAUGCUGACAGUGGAAAGAAAAUUGUCAACUGGCAAUAUCACAUUUAAAAACUGCUUUAAGAAAAUCUGUAGUUCACAUCAGUAAUCCACAGCUGGUAAAGCUUUGUAGUUCGUAAUAAAGUAAUAAAGGAUUCAGUGUGUUUUUACACAGUGUGUCUGCACCGAUAAUUUAGCACUGGAUUUUCAUACACUGAAAUCAUGGUAUGAUUAUCAGUGAGGAAAAACAGAAUAUUAUCUAAAAACUGUGUCAAAAUGACCUCUGAGGAAAUGGCAGCUUCUGUACUUGUGUCUGUGGCACAGGGUAAAAUGAUACCUGCUCAGUCAGCUGGAGAUGAAAAUAGUGAAAAUGCUUUGGACACCAAUGUUAUAAAAAGACAUAUUGCUAAUCGAGGAAGGCAGACUACGCAUACUUUCUCGUACUUACACAGACUUAAAGAAGAACAUCUUCAGGGCUCGCUGCCCAAAAUUUUCUCUUUGGCAAAUGGAGAAGAAAUGACAGAUAACAGGAGUAAUGAAAACUUCUGGGAGAAAAACACAUGCAUGGAGUUUCUUAACAUGAAUUGCAACAUUAUAAAGAAAAAAUACAAGAGCAAUGUUCCGCAUAACAAGUUACAUAAAUCAUGUGAUUCUUUAGCAGAAGAACACACAUGCUUGGAAACUGGAAUUUCUACUUCACAGGAAAGGACCAUGUUUGCUGAAAUUCAGUUGAAGAUGGAUGGACCUUCAGUAGAGAUGAAGUCAUUAAGAAACCAGUCAGUGGUAAAUAAAAGUGGCACCGAUGAUGUUGAUAAUGUAACAGUGUUUCACUUUCGCUAUGCUAGUGAAAGAAAUAUAUCAAAAGCUUUGUGCACACUACACAACAGCUUCAUUUUGGGUGAUUGUUUACAGCAUGUAAAUGUUGGUGAUGAUCACACCAGCGAUUCAACAGCCUGCACUUGUAAAUUAAUGGAAUUGACAAAUGAUUGUGACAAUCAAAAUGGACAACAGUUGUGUGAUAACUGUGACACUUUAAGGGACAAGUAUUUAUGUGUCGAAAGAGCAGCACGAAAAGUUAGAGUGGCGUGCUCAAGUCACAGCUUCUAUGGUGGUAAUUUUACUGGAAAAAUGCCCUCAAAGCCCUUUCUGAGUCAUUUUGAAGAUUGCAGUGAUAACUGUGAAGAAGGGAUGGAGGAGUUUUAUAGAAACAAAAAGGAACGUUCCACUUUACUAAUCAGACGUUUUUGUAAAAAUGAUAAGGAGGUUAAAAAAUCAGUUUAUACUGGAACCAGGGCAAUUGUUAGGACUUUACCUUCGGGGCAUAUUGGAGAUGUUGCUUGGGACUAUGUGGAGCAGAGGAGAAACAAGAGUGACUUAAAGCAUUGUAGGAUUAUCGCAAAACAUGUAACUAUUCAAGCCCUAAGUCAGAAAUUAAAUUCUGAUCUUGUGAAAUCGAUAUGGUGUGAGAUCUACAAUGCACUGAAGGAGGAAGACGUGGCAGAAGAUACUUUUGAAUAUUCUCUCCAUCCUCUGAGAGAACUUCCAACACUAAAUGCAGAUUGCGGAUGCAAAAAUGUCUCUUUUGUAAAACCCUGUGUAGAAAGUGCUUGCUCUGAAUACCGUGCCACUUUACAAAGGACGUCACUCUCUAACUUUAUCACUGGUGCUCUACUAGAAGCAACUACAUCACUGGGAGCAAGAAAUGGUCUUCUAAACAUCUUUGGAGGGUCAACUGGAAGGACGAUGCUUAAAGAACGUCAACCGUGCACAUCUAUGGCUGGUUCAAAUGUGCUCCCCUCCAGUGUAGCUGGUAUCAGUAAAGAGCUGAUAGAACUUCAGCACCUCAUUCAGUUCCCAGAGGAGGUUGCUAGUAUUCUGACUGAACAGGAACAGGAUCUCUACCGAAAGAUCUUGCCCAUUGACUACCUCUGCUUCUUAACCAGGGAUUUGGGUAAUGCUGAAUGUCAGAGCAAACUUCCAUGCAUUAAAGCUUCCAUAUCUGCAACUAUUCUUUCUUCCCAAAAUGUUGUUGAAGAUCUCGUGACAAGAUUUAAUGAGGUGAGCUCUUGGGUUACGUGGUUGAUCCUUACUGCCGGUUCUAUGGAGGAGAAACGAGAAGUCUUCUCAUAUUUAGUACAUGUGGCAAAAUGCUGCUGGAACAUGGGAAACUACAAUGCUGUAAUGGAAUUCUUGGCAGGGCUUAGGUCUAGAAAAGUUUUAAAAAUGUGGCAGUUCAUGGAUCAAUCUGAUAUUGAAACCAUGCGAAGUCUGAAGGAUGCUAUGGCACAACAUGAAUCAUCCUCUGAAUAUCGGAAAGUGGUAAAUCGUGCUCUGAAUAUUCCAGGCUGUAAAGUAGUUCCUUUCUGUGGUGUAUUUUUAAAGGAGCUUUGUGAUGUUUUAGAUGGAGCAGCAAGCCUCAUCAGACUUUGCCCACAGUAUAAUUCCCAGGAUGAAACAUUAGAGUUUGUUUCAGAUUACAGUGGGCAAGAUAAUUUCUUGCAACGAAUAGGCCAAGAUGGUUUAAAUAAUAUGGAAAAAGAAUCAACAGCAAACAGUAUCUUUCAAACCAUUCGGAGUUGUAACCGCAGUUUGGAAUCUGAAGAAGUUGAAGACAAUUUUAGUGAAGGAGGCAAUUCAAGAAAAAACUCUUUGAAGGAUAGAAACCGAUACCAUACAACACAUGCAAAGAAAGCCUCUGAGUCAAACCGAGUUCUGUUUAUAAUUGGAGAUCUCUCAGAUUCAGAAAAUGACAUAUCUGAGCAGUCAAAAGAGUGGGACACAAAUACAACUGAAGAGCAGCAAAAAGCAUACAGUCAUGGAAUAGAACUCAUUCCCUGGUAUGUGUUAUCAAUCAGAGCUGAUGUCCAUCAGUUCAUGCUACAAGGGGCAACUGUCAUACAUUAUGACCAGGAGAUGCAUCUCUCAGCACGCUGCUUUCUUCAGCUUCAACCUGACAAUAGUACUUUGACAUGGAUAAAACCCACCACAGCUUGCCCUGCAAAUACUAAAGUAAAACUAGGUGUGCUAGGUAGCACUGCUGAGCUUGGUAAAUUUCAGUUUCUUGGCAGUACUGGAUUGAAUGGACUGGUGGAAGGUUUCUUGGAUUUGUUUUCAGCAAAGGCUGUGUACAUGGGGCACCCUGGCAUUGAUAUGCACACUGUGUGUGUUCAAAAUAAACUGUGUAGUAUGUCCCUUGAAGAGAAUGGAGUAACUCUACUAUAUGGACUUCAAACUACUGAUAACAAGUUGCUGCACUUUGUGGCUCCAAAAUAUACUGCCAAAAUGCUGUAUGAUGGAUUGCUAGAAUUAACAAAAGCUGUAAGAAAAAUGAGGAAAUUCCCUGAUCAGAGGUUGCAGUGGCUACGGAAACAGUAUGUCUGCCUUUAUCAGGAGGAUGGCAGGUUUGAAGGCCCAACUUUGGCUCAGGCUGUUGAACUCUUUGGAGGCAGACGCUGGAGUGCAAGGAACACAAGCACAGGGGCCCUGACCAGAAGCACUGAGAAACCCAGUGUGCAGAGAAACAACACUCUGGGAAUAAGCACAGCCAAGAAAAAGAAGAAAGUACUCAUGAGGGGUGAAAGCGGAGAUGCUACUGAUGAUGAGAUGGCAACUCGUAAGACAAAAAGCUAUAAGGAAUAUCGUAAUAGAAGUGGUUCUGACCCUCAAGACAUUGAUGAACAAGAAGAAUCAGAUCAGAAUAUCGUGAUUAAUGCCUCUGCCUCUAACACUCUGCCAUCUAGAAGAGCUCAUUCUCUGACUGCGUCUGGAUCUCCUAGCAUAGCACCUGGGGCAUCUGCACCAGUCAGACCAGUCUCCUCUCCUGUAAUGUCAUCUUCAAGCAAGAGUCAGGCUAGUACUUGGAGCAGUAGUAGCUGGCAUGGCCGAGUCAAAGGAGGAUUGAAGGGGUUUCAGAACUUUAUGGUUUCCGAUAGUAAUAUGAGUUUUGUUGAAUUUGUAGAGCUCUUCAAGUCUUUCAGUGUUCGAAGCCGCAAGGAUCUUAAAGACCUCUUUGAUGUCUAUGCUGUACCCUGCAAUCGAUCAGGUUCUGAUUCUACUCCACUUUAUACUAAUCUGAAAAUUGAUGAGAACACCAGUGGACUCCAGCCUGAUUUAGAUUUAUUGACCAGGAAUGUAUCAGAUCUGGGUUUGUUCAUUAAUAGUAGACAGCAACUAUCAGAGAACCAGAGACAGAUAUCUGAUGCCAUUGCUGCUGCUAGCAUUGUAACUAAUGGUACUGGAGUAGAAAGCACAUCACUGGGAAUAUUUGGAGUGGGCAUCCAGCAACUCAAUGACUUCUUAGUGAAUUGCCAAGGUGAACACUGCACCUACGAUGAAAUCCUCAGUAUUAUCCAGAAAUUUGAACCCAGCGUCAAUAUGUGCCAGCAGGGACUUCUGUCAUUUGAAGGAUUUGCAAGGUUUUUGAUGGAUAAAGACAAUUUUGCCUCAAAAAAUGACGAGUCACAAGAGAAUAUUGAAGAGUUACAGCUACCGCUGUCAUAUUAUUACAUUGAGUCUUCACACAAUACAUACCUCACAGGCCAUCAGCUUAAAGGAGAAUCGUCAGUAGAGCUUUACAGCCAGGUUCUCUUACAAGGCUGUAGGAGUGUGGAAUUAGACUGCUGGGAUGGUGAUGAUGGGAUGCCUAUCAUUUAUCAUGGACAUACACUCACUACUAAGAUUCCUUUUAAGGAUGUAGCUGAAGCUAUUGAUCGCAGUGCCUUUAUCACCUCUGAUAUGCCAAUCAUCAUAUCUAUAGAGAACCACUGUUCAUUGCUUCAGCAACGCAAGAUGGCUGAAAUUUUUAAGAAUGUAUUUGGAGAUAAGCUGGUAACUAAGUUUUUAUUUGAGAGUGACUUCUCUGAUGAGCCAAUGCUCCCUUCACCGGACCAACUGAGAAGAAAAGUGCUGCUGAAAAACAAAAAACUCAAAGCCCAUCAAACUCCAGUGGAUAUUUUAAAACAGAAGGCUCAUCAGCUGGCAUACAUGCAAGCCCAGGCCAGUAAUGGUGGCAAUGCUGGUAAUCCCACCACUAAUAAUGAAGAGGAGGAGGAUGAAGAGGAUGAAUAUGACUACGACUAUGAAUCUCUCUCUGAUGCUGAUGUCCUUAAUGCUUCUCCUGCUCCUAACAGCCAGGAAGAUAACAUUCUGGAAGACCGACCUGAGACUAAAUCAUCCAGUGAUAAACUGCAAUUUGAAUAUAAUGAAGAAACUGCCAAGAGAAUAAAGAAGACCGAUUGCAUUACUUAUAACAAUAAAGGAAAGGUUUAUGACAUGGAACUGGGUGAAGAAUUUUAUCUUCCACAAAAUAAGAAGGAAAGUAGACAGAUAGCACCAGAGCUCUCAGAUCUUGUCAUCUAUUGCCAAGCUGUGAAAUUUCCUGGCCUGUCAACGCUAAACCCAUCUGGCUCUAGCAGAGGAAAGGAAAGAAAAAGCAGGAAGUCCAUUUUUGGCAACAAUCCGGGCAGACUAAGCCCUGGGGAGCCAGCAACACUUGCCAAAGCAUCUGGAAAAGGUCCUUUUGAGGGUGCCCGGCAAACCUGGGAAGAACUUUGUUCUCCUCCUUUCAACUCUACAACUUCUCUCAGUUCUAUCAUAAGGACACCUAAAUGUUAUCAUAUCUCUUCACUGAAUGAGAAUGCUGCCAAACGUCUGUGCAGACGGUAUUCUCAGAAACUGAUUGAGCAUACCACCUGUCAGCUAUUGAGAACAUAUCCUGCUGCCACACGCAUUGACUCUUCAAACCCCCAUCCCCUUAUAUUCUGGCUCCAUGGAAUACAGCUUGUGGCAGUUAACUAUCAAACUGAUGAUCUCCCUCUGCAUCUUAAUGCAGCGAUGUUUGAGGCGAAUGGUGGCUGUGGGUGUGUUUUGAAACCCCCUGUUCUGUGGGACAAGAACUGUCCAAUGUACCAGCAAUUUUCUCCAUUAGACCGAGAUCCGUAUAAUAUAGAGCCAGCUAUAUAUUCUUUAACAAUUGUGUCUGGACAAAAUGUUUGUCUUAGCAACAGCACAGGAAGUCCAUGCAUUGAAGUUGAUGUACUUGGGAUGUCUUUGGAUAGCUGCCAUUUCCGCACAAAACCCAUUCAUCGCAAUACUCUCAACCCCAUGUGGAAUGAACAGUUUCUGUACCGGGUUCACUUUGAGGAUCUGGUCUUUCUUAGAUUUGCGGUUGUUGAAAACAACAGCUCAGCUAUAACUGCUCAAAGAAUCAUUCCACUAAAGGCUCUAAAAAGAGGGUAUAGACAUCUCCAGCUACGAAACCAACACAAUGAAGCCUUAGAAAUCUCAAGCUUAUUCAUAAACAGUCGGAGGAUGGAAGAAAAUCCCUCUGGGAAUGUUGUGCCUACUUCUUUGUUGUUUAGCACAGAAGAGAAGAGGACUUCAACGUUGUACAAGGUCACAAUACAUGGAAUUCCAGGCCCUGAACCCUUUACUGUUUUUACUAUAAGUGAAGGGACUACAGCAGCACAGCUUCUUCAUCAAAUUUUGGCUACCACAAAAAGCACUGAAUCACAUGCUCCAGAUUAUUUUCUGAUGGAGGAAAAAUGUUUUAUAUCUAAAGAAAAGACUGAGUGCAGGAAACCACCAUUCCAGAGGGUGAUUGGCCCUGAGGAAGGGCUAGUACAGCUUUUGAAUAGCUGGUUCCCAGAAGAAGGAUAUGUUGGAAGGAUUAUCUUUAAAACCCAAAAGGAAAAUUUGAAUGGGAAAAACAUUUUUCAAGAAGAGAAAGAAGAUGCAAACAUUAGUUCUGAAGACGAUAGUUUCUUUGUUCAAGUGCAUGAUGUUUCCCCAGAGCAGCCUCGCACUGUCAUCAAAGCUCCCCGCUUUAGUACAGCACAGGAUGUCAUACAACAGACUCUUUGCAAAGCCAAGUAUUCCUACAGCAUUCUGAGUAAUCCCAACCCAAAUGACUAUGUCCUCUUGGAGGAGGUGACAAAAGAGCUAGCGAACAAAAAGUCAACAUCUAAGCCAUCACAGAGAAUUCUCUCUGAUCAAGAGUGUGUAUUUCAGGCUCAGAGCAAGUGGAAGGGAGCAGGGAAGUUUAUCCUUAAACUUAAAGAACAAGUUCACGCAGUACGAGAUGAUAAAAGAAAAGGCAUUUCAUUUGCUAGUGAACUUAAGAAAUUAACCAAGUCAAGUAAACAGUAUCGUGGUUUCACAUCAUCACCUUUGCAGAACUCACCAGACAAUACCCAGACUAAAGAUGAAAAAUCUGCAGGCAGUUUGACAUUUAGUGACCAUAUGGAAUAACAUCCAUAAAUGCCAGCAGUAUGUUCUAUGCAGGUGACUUUAAAGGCCCCAAAAUGCCAAAGACAAAAAGCCACUCUCAGGCUGACAAAACCAGAAUGAGAUAGAGCAAAUACGACA